AUGAACUCUACAUGCAACCCGGAUGUUGGAUAUUUCGACUCUCCAAAGUUUCUAUCAUUGGUUCUCCAUAUCAACACAAUUAUUUCCACACCAAUUUAUCUCUUCGGAUUCUACUGUAUCAUUUGGAAAACUCCAGUGAUUAUGAAAUCAGCAAAACUGUAUCUGCUGAAUUUGCACAUCUGGAUUGUUUCGUUCGAUUAUUCGAUUAGUAUACUGGCAAUCCCACUUCUGCUAGCACCUCAUUAUGCUGGUUAUCCCUUGGGAGUGUUAAGUUGGUUUGAUGUAUCAGUUUUGUUUCAGACUGCUAUGGUGUUCUUUUUCAUUGCAAAUAUGGUCGCCUCAAUUGUUGUAAUUUUUGAAAGCCGUUUUUAUACAGUAUGUGAAUUCAGUUGGAAGCCAUACUGGAAACGUUGGCGUAAGACCGGAGUUAUCUUUUAUCACGUUGUUCAGAGUUGUGUAAUACUCGCACUUGUUUUCUUUGCUUUUGAUCAAGAAACUGUGAAAAGAAAUUUGUUUGCGCAACUCCCAUGCUUACCUCAAUACAUUUAUGACGCCAAUAUCUUUGUCCUUUGUGACAAAGAGACUUAUCGUAUGUUAUUUUUAUUGAUAGCUAUAAUCUUAGCUUCUGUAAUGGUUGUCUCAUUUGCAAUUCUUCUGGUGUGGAACAUAUUAGUCCCAGUAAGAAGCCGAAUAAUGUCACAAAACACUUUUCAACUCCAGAAGUCGUUUCUCAUAGCUUUAGGAGUUCAGAUAGUAGUGCUUCUCUGCACGAUUGUAAUACCUGUUGCAUAUGCGGAAAUUUCAAUUGUAUUUAACUAUUACAAUCAGUCAUUUACAAAUUUCGCCGUAUGUUUAUUUCGCAGUAUUUUUUUUCGUCAAGUUUCUGAUAAAUUUGGAAAUUUUGGAAGGUGUAAAACAGACCUAGAUUGA